CACCACUUUCACCUGGCGCUGGGGCCCCGGAGGCUCUCACGCGACUCUUUUCCGUUUAGGUAUCCAAGAUGGCCCGUGGACCUAAAAAGCAUUUGAAGCGUCUCAAUGCCCCCAAGGCAUGGAUGUUGGACAAAUUGGGGGGUGUUUAUGCCCCACGCCCGUCCACCGGGCCACACAAACUCCGAGAGUGUCUGCCUCUCGUCAUCUUCCUCCGUAACAGGUUGAAGUACGCUCUGACCAACUCCGAGGUCACCAAGAUUGUCAUGCAACGUUUGAUCAAGGUUGACGGCAGAGUUCGCACUGACCCCAACUAUCCAGCUGGUUUCAUGGAUGUCGUGCAGAUUGAGAAAACUGGUGAAUUCUUCAGAUUGAUCUAUGACGUCAAGGGACGCUUUACCAUUCACAGAAUCACUGCAGAAGAGGCUAAGUACAAAUUGUGCAAGGUCAAGCGUGUUCAGACUGGCCCCAAGGGUGUUCCAUUCCUGGUAACACACGACGGAAGAACUAUUCGCUACCCUGACCCAGUUAUCAAGGUCAAUGACACGAUUCAGUUGGAAAUUGGCACUGGUAAAAUUCUCGAUUCCAUUCGCUUUGACUCGGGCAAUCUUUGCAUGAUCACUGGAGGCAGAAAUUUGGGUCGUGUUGGUACAGUUGUCAGUCGUGAACGUCAUCCAGGAUCCUUCGACAUUUGUCACAUCAAGGACUCUCAAGGACACACUUUUGCCACUAGAUUGAACAACGUAUUCAUCAUUGGCAAGGGCUCCAAGGCAUACAUCAGUUUGCCAAAGGGCAAGGGUGUCAAGCUCUCCAUAGCCGAGGAGCGCGACAAGAGGCUGGCGGCCAAGGGCGUCAACUAAUUUUUAAUUAUAUCGCUAAAAAACGAGACGAAAAAAAACAAAAAAGUCCAAUAAACCAACUUUUUGGGAA